AUGAUCCCGCCAUCAAUGAGACAAGAGAUGGUAAACAAGAUUCACAAAGCUCAUCAUGGUGCAAACAGCAGUAUAAGGAGAGCCCGAGAAGCACUAUUCUGGCCAGGUACGUCAGCGGCAAUACGCCAAACCUGCUCAUCAUGUGGUCAAUGUGCACAGUAUAAAUCAGAACGACCAACCGAACCGGUUAAAGAGACUUCCAUUGGAGCGAAUAAGUGUUGGUCUAUUUCGAUUGGAUCAUUUGGAUGGUAAAACGUACUUGGUAAUUGCUGAUUAUUACAGUUAUUAAUUUCAUUGAAAUUAAUUGGCUAAAGAAUACGUCAGCAACGGCAGUUAUCAACGCUAUGAAAAAAACUUUGCCAAAGCAGAAAUUCCUUGCGUAUGAGUCAUUGCGAAUGGUCAACAAUUCAGUAGUCAUAAGUACAGCCAAUUCGCCAGUGAAUAUGGAUUCAAACCAACACGUCAUUACAAAGGCAAAGAAAUCGCAGAAUCUGCGGUAAAGGUGGCGAAAAAUAGUCUGAAGAAAGCACGGCAUGAAGAUCCCUACUUGGCAUUACUGGCAUACAGGAACACUCCACAACAGGGCCACAAGUUCUAACCUGCUCAGAGGCUCAUGAAUCGGAAACUACGAGAUAUCUCCGUGUCCGUACCUCAACAACUUAAACCACAUCCUGUUUUCAGCACUGAAGUUGUGAAUGAUAUAAUUUCGCGUAGAGUCCGGUCCAAACAACAGUAUCACAUAAACCUCUGAACACGUUUUCGCAAAAUGAUCAAGUCUUCGUGAAACCAAAUCCGAAAAAUAAGCACAAGCUAUGGAUAUAUGGAGAAGUCUUAAAAAAUCGCGGUCACGGAUCGUGUGCAGUGAAUACGGCUGUUGGACUAAUUCAACGAAACCAUAAACAACUCCGAAAAGCUGAAGUCACACCGCAGGCCCUCAAGAAAACGAAGCAGGAAGAAUUGAAAUAAUACCCCUCCCAAACCUUACCAUCACCAACUCCAUUAUCUAUGGAAUCAACCGAGGACCAAAUAACGGCGCGAUCAUCUCCAACGGUGGAAACACACAGUAAACACAGCCAGCACGUUUACGUCGUUCUACAAGAAUUCGUAAAUCGCCAGUAAGAAUUAAAGAUAUAUACGGUGACAUUUAAUCCUUAAGAAACAUGAAUCUGAACUUAGUACUUUCAGGUUUUCUUGGAACAUUCUUCUUUAUAAGAACAUUUAUUUGAACUUUAUAUUAUUUUUUUAGGUUUUUUUGUUUUGUUUUAAAAAAAAUAUGCAAAAAAAAAAUUAUAAGGAGUAAGGUGUUGAUAAGUUACAUUUAACAAAUAUAAAACAUUUUCCGUGUUGAUAUAUAUAGGUUAUCAUAUAAGGGAUGAGGUGAUAUCAGUUUUAUCGCUCGAGGGAUGAUAUCACAAUUGUCACGAGCGAGCGCAGCGAGCGAGGGACAAUUGUGAUAUCGUCCCGAGAGCGAUAAAACUGAUAUCAUCGAAUCCCGAGUACGAUAACCUAUUUAUUAUAUACUUGUACCUUUAUCAGGGUUUGACACCCAAAAAUAAACGGUUUUGAAAAAAAAGGAUCAUUUUAGAAUUAAAAAAAUUCAUCAUUUACUGAACAAAUACGAUUUUAGAAAAUAAAUAGACCAUUCAUAUAAAUAAUAUACAAUUUAAGUCUUUCGUUUUGUAUUAUCGUUCUUGUUUCCUUCGAUAAAACUGUCGACAUCAACCAACACGAACCUCGAGUUGGCCAUCUUUGUUUUGACAAGGCGCGAAAUUUAGCGGGACAAAAAACGAUAUUAUCGUUCUUGUUUCCUUCGAUAAAACUGUCGACAUCAACCAACACGAACCUCGAGUUGGCCAUCUUUGUUUUGACAAGGCGCGAAAUUUCGCGGGACAAAAAACGAUAUCCGGGACAAAAAACGAUAUCCGGGACAAAAAACGAUAUCCGGGAUAUCGUUUUUAUGUCCCGCUGCUUCCUACCUGAUAAAGGUACAAGUAUGUGAUAAACAGUCAUAUCAACACGAGUGGAAAUUGGGAAAACGAGAAAUUGUGUGGAAACACGACGCCCGAAGGGCGGAGUGUUUUCAUACAAUUUCGAGUUUUCCCAACUUCCACGAGUGUUGAUAUAACUAUAUAUCAAUACGGAAAAAAUGUUUUAUAUUUGUUUUAUAAUGUAGCACAAAGAAACAUAAAGAAAGAAAUUUUCCGACGUUUCCGUGUUGACAUUGAGUUAUAUCAACACGGCUCUUAGCCAAUCAGCGUUCAGAAUUUACAAAUGCUAUGUUAUAAUAACAUUUAUGUUAAUCAUGAAUGUAGCCUAAAUAGCAUAAAUACCGAAGGUUCAUGUUAUGUACGAUUGUUUUAAGUUCUAUAUGAUAAUAAAACAACAUUACAGCUAGAAAAUAUUAAUUUUUGCGCUAUUUGUUUCGAUUUUGUGCUUACAUUUAAGCACUCAGACACGUAUUUGUACCGCUUAAUGUGUAUUUUAACCAAUCAGAAACGGAUUUUAACCAAUCAGAAUCGAGUAAAUUGACGAAAAUGAUAUUAGUAGAAAUACACAGGAAGCUACAACAGAUUCAAAUUAUAUACCAUUAUGAGAAAAUUAUGGAAUAAAGUGAGAAUUUAAAGUUAACCUGGGAAAAGGUUAAUUGGUACUAUUGGAAGUAAUGUACAAUUCAUGUCUUUUGAUCAGGCUAUCAUUGGCUAUCAUUGCUUCGAGAAGUGGGACAGAGGGAUCAAACUUUUAUAUAUGAGACACUGUGAAUGUUACUACUAAAAUGUCUGGCAACAUGCUGGUUAGCAUCGUUACCAAUGACUGCACGCUGCACUCACCAAACCUCGCUGAUUUGGAGAUUAGGGCAAAAUUGACUUUGGCAAGAGCAUUAUUCGUAUACUUGUUCGGGACAAUGUAUCUAUAUUUGAAAAUGGAGUCACAUUUUAUAAUAUUUCGACUCACCACGCGUGUUCAGUAAUUUACGUCACAAAAUUAUCUUACCAAGUUUGACAAUCUCCGAUCUAAUUUUAGUUCAGUUAGAAAUUUUCCCCGAAUAAUAUUUAACAUUAUUCAGCGCCUGGUUUUGAUUAUCGUUGUUUACUGUAUCAGGGAGACGACCUUACAGUUCUUCAAAGUGAAGGGGGAUAUUGGUGGCUUGCAAAAGACAAAGAUGGGUAAGCAUUGAAAUUACUUUCUCUCAUCAUCGCCAUUUGUAUUAAGUUUAACUUCUUGUUCUGCGUGCAUUUUACAAACUAAUGUAUUUUUAUUAAUAUGUGUAAUUGGCCUAACUGUACCGUACAUGUGCUUUAAACGACCAGUUUGCAGCGACAUCCGACAUACUCAAAAUUUCAGGUUUAAAAAUAGUUCAGUUUAUUAAAUGGACAGUAGUUUUUUACUGGAAAUUAAAACAUUCGUAGAACUCAUACGUUAAUACAUCCGGGACCAGAUGCGCGUAUUUUCCGUAUUUCGCCCCUGCCAGUGACAUACGAAGUUCGUAAAUUUCCCGCCAUUUUCAUUGUUGUUGUUUUAAAAAUACAAACGGUCUUUGGUUUGUAUAUAAAACGAAAUUAACUUUGGAAAUAAAACAGAUAAAUAAAAUUUAUUUUAGUUUUAUGUUUGCACUAUAGACUAAUUUUAAAAAAUCUCGCUUUUAUACUGGUCUUUGGCAUGCUUAUUUAAAUAUGUCGUCAUUGUGUGCAUCUUUUUCACUCUGAAUGAGUCCAUAUAAUAACAGAACAUUAAACGGUUGCGAGAAGAUAUGGAUUUAUGUUCUCGUGUCAAAAACAAUAUCUCACUCGUGAGAUAUUGUUUUUGCCUCCCGAACAUAAAAUCCAUAUCUCAUCGCAACCGUCUAAUAUCUUCUAUUUAUGCACAGCUUAAACAGGAAGCAAAACAGAAAAGGUUUUGUGAUUGGCUUGAUUAAACAAAAGUGAUCGGUGUUUGUGACUGGUUCUUUAGAAAAUUAAUUCUUUAGUUUCAUUGUGUUUCAUUUUUUAGUCGACUAAUCAUGAAAGAUGUUCAUGUAGGUUGGUAACCGGUCCCACGAACGUGAUUUGGUGGUUUAAAAACGAUCGUAUAUUGCAUUGUUUAUAGAACAAUUAUCUCAAAGCCCAAACAGCGUUCAAUACGAAGUUUAAAAAGUAUACCUUCUACUUUUAUAGGAGGACAGGUUAUAUUCCAGCAAAUGGUGUGCGUCAUAAAGGUGUCCUAGGAACCGAAGUGUAAGUUCCUAGCUUUAAUAUUUUUAUUUUUUACAUAAUACGGUACAUAAAUGUGAAUGUACUAUGCGUGCGUUACCCUUUGUAUUUUCAGUUGGUUUGUUGGUGAUAUCAUGAGACAUGUCGCUGAAGAGAUGUUACUAAAAGAGGUAAUUGCCUGCCUUUUUUCAAGCACUAUAUCAAACUCAUGACCACACUAAAACCAGGGCCGUAACAAUCGGAAGCGUGUAGGGGAAUGUUAAUUUUAGUUAUCGUUAACUAUACUGCAGUUAAAUCCUUAACUGGAAUCAGUUAACUACAUGACUUAACUGCUUUGCACAAAACGUAAUUAGUUGGAUAGUUUUAACUAUAAUCACGUAGUUGAUUGCUCGUAGGCUUCUCGCAGCCUGCUUCUCGGUUUGGUUAGCAAACCAACUAUAUCCGCCAAACGUAUUCGAAGUACUUGUCAUGGUUAUACGAUCGCUUUAUCAUUCUUGAUAUUUUUAAAUUGAAAAAAGAUCCCAAAAAAAUAUUUUAAUAACAAAAUUAUCAAUUUGCCAAAUAUAUAGGUUAGAAAGUGUAUGUAAUGUUAUUCUACACAAUAUAAGCUUAAAUUUAAUGUUAAAUUCAGCCAUAAAUGUUCGCAAAAGGUUUUAAAAUAUUCGUAAUAGUAAACAGCCUUUUAUCGAUAAACUUUGUGAGUCUAAAAUAAAAUGAUUUCAAAUUAUGCAAAUGUCGCAUGAAAAUGACCUGGCUCUCCUCUUUUUCCUAUUUUGAAAAUUAUAACAAAAACAAUUCUAUUUUACCAAAAUACAUUGGAUACACUGUCUUGUUCACUACGUAACUUCAGUUUUUAAAGCAAACAAUACAUCAAUAUUUGAAACAAGCUUGUUUUAGGUUCUACGAUUUUCUGGAAUCUAUAUUGCCCCUAAUCUUUUGGUAUGUAGCAUUAACAAAUAAACUGUUUAAGUACUCGUCUCACUAGCGAUGUUUCGUGAUUCAAAAUAAUGUUUUAUUUCUUGUGGCAAAACUGGUCAUCCCAAAUAUUGUAAAUACUGAUACAGAUUAUACCAAAACAUAAAAAUAAUCCAUGCUUUAUAAUCAACGUUUUUAUACAAGGUAAAUACUCUAACAAACAAACCAUCGCAUUAGAGGACAACUAGUUUAAGAGACAAUGUCCACUAAAACCGAGCAAAAUCGAGAAUACGUGGCACAUGAGGAAAAAUAAAAAAUCUUCUUAUUUUUUCCAGUGAUACUCUAAUGUGUACUCAGAAACGUGGUGGGGUUUGUUUUCUGAAAUAUUAUUUUAAACGCCGAAAAUUAUCAAAACCUCACACAUAUCCGAGAUUCGCGAAAUUAGCAAAAAAAAUUGUGAGCUACGGCCUCUCGAAAAUUUCGUUUUUCUCAAUUGGCGUGUGAUGAAACCUCACCUUUGUGUUUAUAAGAUGUUUAUAAAGACCGUGGGUCCAAUUUGCAAUUUUUGAAAUGAUUUUUCAAUGUCAAGACAAGCGUGUAAAAAUCGUCUUUUUUUGCGAUCCAAAAAAUCUAAAUUGUUACACUUUUUGAAAAUUAGUUUUCCGUAUCCGGGAAAACUCCAAUUUCCUUGAAAUUUACGGAAUUUAAAGACAAACUGUUGCUCUAAAACCUGAUGUAAAAAUUAUUUUGGGGCUUUUUGUUACCGCGGAAUUAUACUGACUAUAAUAUCAAGAAAAUCACAAAAAAACCUUAAAAAUCCUCAGACAAUUAGGCACUUUGCUUCAACUAUAGACAGUCGAACCUUAAUCAUUCUUGCUUGUUUUCUCUUGUUAUUGAUAGGAAAUAUAAGACGUAGAUAAUUUUAAACUAGUUUGCCUAUUUCUAGAUAAAAAUACGCUGUUAAAGUCUCCAAGACUAAGAUUUCUUCUUCAAAUUCUUGUUUCAAUUGAUCGAUCCAUGCGCGCCAAUUAAAAUAAACUAGAAACUCUUGUACACUCGCUAGAUUCAAGGCUAUAUAUAUAUAUAUACUUACUAUAAACAGUCAAUUACUUAUAUUUGAGGAUGUUGUGCUCUAAGCAGUUCAGUUUAAGCGUCAAACUUCGGCCUUAUUUUCAUUGAAGCCGGGCAAGUUCAGUCGUUUAAUUAAAGGGACAGGGCCGUUCCUAGCGUGAUAAUUGGGGUUGUAUGUUCAUAUAUUCGUCUUCUGCCCGACGGAUUUCUUUUGAAAGCGAUUGUUUUUACGGUAGCGAGCAUGAAUAUAUGAAUAUACCCCCCCCCCCCAUUAUCGCGUCUAGGAACGGCCCUGUUGAGGAGGGAUAUGAUCGGAAAUAGCAUGAAUAUAGAAAUUAGAUUCCCUUAUCUGAAAGAACUUUUAAAAUGACGUGGAAAACAUUUAAAAACUUUUUUUAAAUCUCGCUUAUUUCUCGACCUUAAGAAAAGCUUCUGUUGUGAUGGAGCUAAACUGUGGAACUCAUUACCUAAAUGCAAUUGACGCUCAUGACGAGGGUCGUACGUCGAGGUCGAGGGUCGAAAAUAGUAAAUUUUUAUCCAUUUCAAAAGUUUUACAACCAUAUUGAAAGCUCCCAAAAGCGGCAAAACAAUUAGUUUUGCUCUAAAAACUGAAAAAUUUCGCCUACGGCUAUAAUCUAUAUGUAUACUGAAAGUUUCGCUGAAGAACUAUAAGUCUGAUGCGAGGUUUGAUGUUUGAAAGUAUACGUAUUUUAAUAUACAUCAGAAUUUAAAAUAUACAAACAUGGGCGAUGAUCAGAGGCGAUGAUACAAAAUUUGCGUUUCGCCAGUGCCGUAGCUAGCUCGAUAACUGGGGGGGGGGAGGGGCAGAUAUUCAUAUAUUCGUGUUCACAGACCAUAAAAACAAUCGAUUUCAAAAGAAAUUAAUAACGCAGAACACGAAUAUAUGAAUAUCUGCUCCUCCCCCCAAUUAUCGAGCUAGCUACGGCACUGCGUUUCGCUCUCAUGAGAAAUUUGAUUAUAAUAGGCUGUUUAUAUAUGGUCCCGCUUACCCGGGAUUCAAUGAAGUGUAACGUAUUUUGAUCGAGCAAUUGAAAUACUACCCUGGGUUCCAGAGCCUUCAGAAAAUUUCCCAGCUAGGGUUUCCUGUGUAAUUAAAUUGAAACGCGAAAUCUCAAGACCUUUAAUUAAAAACCUGAAAACCUCUGGCACCCAGGGUAUUGAAAUACGUGUUCCAGCCCUAAACAAAAGUUAGAUAACUUUAAAUAUUUUUUAAACGAAAUUAGGAAUGCGCCUGAAGUUAUGUAGUGAAAGAAGAUGAUUAAUAGCAUUCAACAACAUUUGGUUUUUUGUUUUAGACAUGGAAUUUCAUACAAUUUGUAACGAGCAAUUUUGUUAUAUCAUGAAGUGCGACUAAUUUACAUUGCUCAAAAUACGCACGUCACACGCCAUAUCCCGCUUCCCCGGGGAAGCGGGAUAUGGCCCCAACUUAAUGGCAUGGCGGCGACAUACAGAGUUCUGAAAUUGCUCAGAACUUCAACUUAACGAUACUCCCGAUAGGGUAUGACAUCGUGUUUAUAAGUCUGAUAUGUUGGAUAAGUUGCAGAAAAGUAUGGGUAAUAUCUUCAUUUUUUGCAGUUUGUCAUGGAUAAUGUAGCUGCUUAAAAUUAAUCAAUUGUCAGUAUUUUAAGGGUAUAUUAUUUAAAUGAUAAAUAAGGUCCGCAUGAUCUUGAAAAAAGAAUGAUUAUUAGCAAAUUGGUUUCUAAAAAGAGCAAGUCGCUUACAUGCAGUUAUUGUGCAUAUAACAAAGUAAAUUCAGCGUAUGUUCUAUACAUCCGGUUUGAUAUUACUUUAUAAUUUCUGUGUAUUCGGAAGUUUAUUUAUACAAACUGUCAAACACGUCACUAAUUACAUUGACAUUGUCAUUGUAGUCACAUCGCGAGUUUAAUAAAAUCUAGCCCUAAUCUCAAUGAUUUAUGCGACUACUUCAGAGAAAACUAAGCACAUAUAUUUCAGUUUGAAAAAAGUAGAUAAUGCGGAUUGAUUUUACGAGCUAUUGAGACUUUGAGUAGAGGAUUUAAGCAGGCUAUCAAUAACUGAUCUUUUGUCUAUUAAUUAUUAUGUCACGCGCACGGAGCUUUUGCAACAUGAUGUUCAUAUUGACUAUUUAUUUCUCUAAAAUCCCGAUAAACAAGCAAAAUAAUUUAUAAUUUAUCUGUCAAAACCAAAUAACAAGAGAAAACAAGUAUAAAUCCUCACGUUUCGACAGUCUAUCUGAGCAGGCUGUGUCUAGACGUACUGCCUGUCUAUAAGUGUCUGUCUACAUAAUCGGCUGUAUAUUAUAGAUAUUAUAAUUUCGUGAUAACAAAACACCCCAUAAUAUUUUUUACACCAGAUUUGAGAGCAACAUUUGCUCAUACAUUUGUCUAAAUUUAAAGGAAAUCGGAGUUUUACCGGAAAGGGAAAAUUGAUUUUCAAAAAAUGUACCAAACUUAAAAUUUUUUAACUUAAGGUUUUUCUUGUGAUUUUCCCGAUAUUAUAGUCAGUAUAAUUCCGCGGUAACAAAAAGCCCCAAAAUAAUUUUUACAUCAGCUAUUAGAGCAACAGUUUCUCUUUAAAUUCCCUAAAUUUUAACGAAAUUGGAGUUUUCCCGGAUACGGAAAAUUAAUUUUCAAAAAGUGUAACAAUUUAGAAUUUUUUGGAUCGCAAAAUAAGGCGAUUUUUACACGCUUGCCUUGACUUUGAAACAUCAUUUAAAAGAUUGCAAAAUAGACUAUCGUUGUUUAUAAACAUCUUACAUACACGUUUAAAAACCGAAAGUGAGGUUUCCUGAAGACGCGAACUGAGCAAAAAGAAGUUUUCGAGAGGCUAUGACUCACUAAGUUUUUAGCUAAUUUCACGAAUCUUGGGUACAUGUCAGGUUUUGAUAAUUUUUCGGCGUUUAAAAUAAUAUUUCAGAAAACAAACCCCAUCACGUUUCUAAGUAUACAUUAGUUUAUCACUGGAGAAAAUAAGAAAACAUUUCAUUUUUCAUCAUGUGCCACCAGUUGCUCGGUGAUAGUGGAGAUUCCCUCUUAAGUCGUCAAGUUCAUGAAAUGAAGCUGUUAGCCUGUUUAUUACAGUCGGCCACAAAUAUAAUACACACGUCUAUACCAAUGUUUUAAACAAUAAAAAUAACACAACGUUAUUUGUAAAAAGUGUUUACUUACUUUUAACAGUAGGAUCAACAAAUUGUCUCAAAAUAAAUAUUGCCUUCAAAUCCGAAUAUAGCUUUCUAGAGCUCCAGUUUAGCAGUGUUGACAGUGUGGUACGUAUGGAUGCGUUCAAAUGCCACGUGACGAUGAAAGAAUAGAAAUGAUGCAAUCUUUACGCAUGCGCGCAUGCAAAUUAGAACCCAUGGCCAAGGCGGCCACGGCCACAGCACUUUCGUGUUCUAUAUAAAAUGCUGUUUUGAAUUACAAGAAAGAAAAACGACCUUUAAUUAUUAAAAUAGUUUUACUCUCACUAUCGGAGGCGAGCAGACCAAGUUCGUAUUGUAGUCAAAUCGGGCAAAAUAGCGUCAAUCAUAAUGUUGCUCGUCUGCGAGAAUAUCUCAUUCGUGCGCCGCUAGGUGCCCAGUUGAAUAUUUUAAUAAUUUAGAAAAGGCAACUCCGGCAAGAAGACGAAGAAUUCGAGUUUUUAGAUUGCCAGCCUGCCAGUAUAUAGGCUAUAUAGCUAAAUUGAAAUGUACAUAAGAUUUAGGUAUUAUUCUAAAAACCAGUAGUGUCGACGUUGUUCAGUUGUUGACGUUAUAGGUUAAACCAAAAUUCACAUCAAUUAUGAAUUAUCCGGCUGUCGAUCACAUGAUCGAGUUAAUCCUCUGAAUAUCAUUUUUAGACGUUGCAUUCCAAAGUCGUCACAACGUCGUAAAAUAGAUGUUGAACAAACGUUAAUUGGCCGUCUCAAUCGCAACGUCCAACAACAACGUUGCAACAACGUUUAUCACACGAACUUUUAUUACAAAGAAGGAAAACAAUGUCGCCUAAACGUUGUGGUAAAGUUAGGUCCGACCUAACAUUACCGCAACCUUCUACCAACGUUGUGAUAACGUUGUGUGCUAGCUGGGACAGGACAUUCUAUAUUGCUAAUUUUUUAUGAUUUGCAUUUUCAAACCAUUAGAAAUGAAUUAUCUUCAACCACUUUGAUGCAGGUUAACAUUGGCAUCGCUUGACCAAUUGCCAUGUUAGCUUCGCCAAUUUUUCCGUUCUAACCCCUUUCUCUUUCCCCUUCCCCUUCCCAUUCCCCUUGCCGCAUAUCAUAUUCGUUUCACUGAAAUUCGCCAUACUUUUUAAGAUUAGUAGCAAGUUCACACAUGAAGCAAAGCCACAACCACUUGGAAUUUUUGAUAAGCUUUGGACUUCACGAAUGCUUUCUCUUCCAGGUGUAAAUAGCCGAGCGAAGUUAGUUCUCUUGACACUAAACGGCGAUUCUCGCUGUUGGGUCGAGAAUAAUCAUGAUUAUACUAUUUUAACUAUUGACAAUUUUGAUUUUUUUUCUUUAUGUGUCCAGUGAGACAGUUUUGAAAAAGAACGUCAGAUAUUUCAGUUUGUAUUUUUCUUGUAAACAACAUCUUUGCGUAUUAACUAUUAACCUUCCGUAUAUUUCUAGGGACAAAAUUUUGUGGCUUUGUAUAGUUUUAACGGACAAGACAGUGGCGAUCUUAGUUUUGUAAAGGUGUGUGCUAUGCUUUCAUUACACUGUCUGUGAUUGUAUUGUAUUAUUAAAUAUGUAUAGUGAAUCUAAUUUAUGAUAUAACAUUGUUCAAGUUAUAAUCUUCAUAUUAUAUUAAUAACAAACUAUGUUUGUAAACUGCACGUUACCUCAUCUCUAUAAGGACUGCGAGGGGGGUUGCUGACAGUUGAAAGUGCCCGUUUAAAUUUUAAUGGUUAUAACUUUUGCAAGUUUAAAUUUGAAUGCACGAAACUUCACGACUUUUCCUAAAAUUCUUCUCGGAAUAAAAUACUGUAAUGAUUUGGUACUUACCUAAACCAUGUUGCCAUGGUAACCAAGAUUAUGAUCGUGUGUCAAACCAUUUUUCUUUUUUUCUUCUCAGCAACCGUUUUUUUAUCGUUUUAUCAAAUUUUUUGGGCCUAAGUAUAUUUUUGUAAGCAGCCUAACAUUUGAGUUAUUUUUUUACCAUUCAUGACGUCAAUUAAACCUUUAAUGGAAAUUCCGUUUCCAAAUUACGCUACAACACGGCAGUAAACUUGACGCAUACAGCAGUAACAGUAGCCUCUCCAUUACCUACAUCCACACUUACAUAUCAAAGUAUUGCUAUUCGCAUUAUUCAACGCCCUACAUACUUUGAGAAAUGUAAACAUAAGAAGUGUAGAAAUUUACCUCAGAACUGUAUUACAGUAAAAUCUUUAAAACUAAACUUCAAAAUAAAUCAUCAAACUAGAAAUACAAGUAGAACUUAUAAUACACCGCACCAUGUACCUAAAUUACUGUUGACCAACGUUAUGCCCUUGGUUACAAAACUAGAUGAACGGACAGAACAUCUCUUUGGUAUUUAAAAAUGAAGUAAGCUUAGCAUUUAUCACGGAGACAUGACUAAAAUAAUUAAUCCCUGAUAGGUUAUUACGAUUCCUGACUGGCUGGCUUCACUUUCCACAGAUGGUGUAUAUGCUUAUAUUAUUCAUAACAUAGCCAGUUAGGAUCAACUAAAUUAUAAACAGUCGAACCUCUACUAAGCGGACAUUUUGGGACCUCGCCUAAGUGUCCGCUUAAAAUGGGUGUCCGCUUAAAAGGGAUUUGCAGAAAAACACAGCAGGAAGCAAAUUUGUGUGCGUAAUUUGAGUAUCAAAACAGUAAAAAUUAUCUAGCAAAUAAUUAGCAUAAAAGCUCAUUUCAAAAACCGUUCUUGGUGCAUAAAAAUUCAUUAGAAAAUGUGUACGUCUCUCACAGUCACAUAAAAAAGGAAUCAAUACAAGUUUGCUUUCGAGGUUCAUCCCCGAGCCGACGGCGCGAAGCGCAGUGCGAGGGUACUAAUUCCCCCCGGCUAUUUACACCCGGGGAAAGGAACGCACUAGCGAAGUCUAAAGUUCAUCAAAUAUGGUCUGCGCAUGGCUCACCGUUCAUGGGUGGUCAUCCUCACUGAUCUCAAAAUAUGUAGCGGACUGUCGUGUAUAGUGAACACUGAUUGGUCAAAUUUGAAAUUUGCAUUGUAACGACUGCAUUGACGACAGCAAAACCUUUCUGAGAGUCAAAAAACGUCUAAAAACGUCUAAAAGAAUAGAGCAAAGUCGCCGACGUUAAUGAAGGUAAGUUUGUUUUAAAUAUUGAUGUAUUGUUAAGUUUUUUUAUAAUUGAUAUAUUUAUAACUGAUAGUGGUGGGCGAUACUGCGAAUAUCGAACUGAUACUAUCAUUGCGUAUAUAUAAAGUGAACAAAGACAGCUACAAUCCUGGACAAAACAUCUGCGACACUUCCAAUUACUUGACAAAAUGUCGUAAUAUUAUCGUAAAUUUAGAAAACCUUCCCCUUUCCCCCCACCAUUCAAUGUUGAUUGCAUUCGUAGAAUACGGAUAAAACGUCCAACAUUGUUUUGGGGGGUGGAUGGGGCAAACGAGUAAAUUAUUCCGGUCUAACUGGUAAAAAAGCCACAAAGCAAUGUUUUAAUAGAGUGUCGCAGAUGGUUUUGUCCAGGAUUGUAGCAUAUAAUUUCAGUGUAGUUUUAUUAAUUACCCUUUCUUUUGUAUAUUAAAGUAUCUAAAUAAAGAGGAAACUAAAGUUUUUUUAAUGCGAGAAUUUGAAAUCAGUUUAUUUCACACUCAAUGUUUACCGAUAAUUCGAUAAAAGGAAGAAGAUUUUGCGAAGCGUUUGUGGUUGAAUUUUACGUUAAAUUGAAGCUUAUGUUACGUAUAAUAACAUAACUGGCAUAUAUAUGUUUGCGAAAUUAAUAAUUUUGUUACUAAAAGUGAUAUUUUGGGGGGAUUAUUCAAUUUUAAAACUAUAUUCUUUAAAUUAUCGUGUUACCAUGACAACUACUUUCAAUUCUUCAUAUUCAGAAAACAUAAUGUUUUGUCAGUAAGGCGAGGGUUUCUGCAUGCAUGUAUUUUCUAGUUUACAUUAAAAAUGGUGUUGGAAAGUUCUUCCAAACCUCGAAAUUGUGCGAAUUCUGCCAGCCGCUCGACAACUUUAAGGGCUUUUGAGGAAGAUUGGAUGUCUGGUUCGUUAAGAGACCGGUCAAAGUCAUCAUCUUCGUUCAGUUCGAUGUCAUCAUCAGUGAUCUCACACAUAUUUUUCGGUUCUUUGGCUGGCGGCUCACAGUCCUCGUAUGUCACUUCCUCAACAAUAUUGGCUCUGAUGUCUUCGCGCCAAGUUGGUGUGUCAAUGUCAAUGUGCCAUGUAAAUUGAUCUCAAUUAUUAUUUACUGGCGAAUAUUGAAUACAUUUUAUCAGACAAUCUGUUGUCUGUCCGCUUAAGAGAGGUUGAUUUGCAAUUGCCCAUUGAGACCUCAAGUAAGGUGUCCGCGUCCGUUAAAGAGGGGUGUCCGCUUAAUAGGAGUUAUGGUAAUAGUAUUUUAUUAAAGAAAACGAAUGGGACCUGAGAUAUGUGUCCGCUUAAAAGAGGUGUCCGCUUAAGAGAGGUGUCCGCUUAUAGGGGUUCGACUGUAUACUGUUGUGAGGAUCAUGAAACGCUAUGGCUUCGUUUAAGACCGCAUCGCCUAGUUCGACGUUUUUCCUGCAUUAUCGCAGCAGAUAUAUCAUCCUCCUGAUAAGAGAUCCAUCCGAGAUCAUUUCUUCCAAUCGCUUACUUUAGCCGAAUCAAGAUAUCCAAACUGAGGUUUUCUGAUAACUGGUGACUUUAAUCGGUUAAACAUUACUGAACUAUUAAACCACUUUCUUUUAAAACAGAUAGUGAAAGUACUGUACCUACUCGGAGAAAUGCUACUCUAGACCUAAUUCUAAUCAACAUGUACGAAAACCAUAGAUAUAGGAGACCUAGAUUGCUGACUCUAAUGUUUUCUAUAAUGCACGCGCGUGACACUCAUGAGCAUUCAAAAUGGCGGCUCAACCGGGCAAAAAUCAUAGAGCGAGAUAGGGAAAAACCAUGUUUUUUGCAUUUUGCGUCGUCCUACAGCUUCCGAUCCCGUUAUAUCACUUUAUUUUGGAAAGAACUAACUGGUGUGAAGGUUUUGGAUGAAUAUUUGUGCAAUUUAAGUUUAAUAAAGACGAAAUAAUCGAUCGCUAAAUGUUUUCUGAAAUCGUCACAAUGGUCGGUUGAGCAGUUCGAGACAUUUUGUUGCAGAAAAUAAAGGUUUUGGUUCUUUGGGUGCUUUUUUUCUCGAGGAUCUCGGUUGGGAUAUUUAACAAGGAAUAAUUCUGUGAAGUAUUUUGAAGUUAAAGCCUAUUUUACUUGAUUUAUUUGGUCUGCUGGUGCGAAAAUUCUGAUGCUCUGUUUAGUGUGACUUUGACAACCUCCUUGCUGCUGCAGAUGUCAAGGGAUCUCAAGUCUAUAGGGCCUGGACAGUGAAAAGUGAUGAAUCAAUCAGGUUUGUAGAGAGAACUAGUGACAACGAAAGUUUUCAAUGGAAACUAGUUUGAAGAAACUGCCUAAUGUGUCUGGUAUGCAUCAAAAACCUUCACAGUUAGUAUCUAGUUCUCUCCAAGAAACCUGAUUGAUUCAUCAUUGAUAAUCAAAAAUAGAUGGGACGGCAUCUUCGUUUAGAUAUUUCUUGGAUUGGCAUUUUAUUGAUUGCUCUCUGCAGUCGGCAUUCUUCCCUUCGGACACUCUCCCCUUGAGACAGCUGACCCAAGCAUCAGCACUCUCCCCUUACGAGUAGAAUUGUCUGGCGUAGCCAGAGUAAAAUAAUUAAGUAGGGCACAAAACGACUCAAUGGGUUAACUAUACACAUUUGCAGGUAGGCCAGUUAACCCAUUAAGUGCCACUGCUCUCCUCUUGAUGAGUAGAAUUGUCUGGCGUAGCCAGAGUAAAAUAAUUAAGUAGGGCACAAAACGACUCAAUGGGUUAACUAUAUACAUUUGCAGGUAGGCCAGUUAACCCAUUAAGUGCCACUGCUCUCCUCUUGAUGAGUAAAAUUGUCUGGCGUUAGACUUGCAACACCAUGGAUUAAUAUAAUCAUCGGUGUGAAGUAUAAUCAUCCGGUGUGAAGUGUUUCUCACACAAGAAUGAAUAUUUGAUUGGCAUUGAGUCUGCCCAUUUCAUUUUUUAGCAGGCUGGGAUUGGUUAUAGGAAAUCCAAUAGUGCAAAGGGAAAGAUGUAUUUCACACAAGAAUGAAUAUUUGAUUGGCAUUGAGUCUGCCCAUUUCAUUUUUUAGCAGGCUGGGAUUGGUUAUAGGAAAUCCAAUAGUGCAAAGGGAAAGAAUGGUUCACUGAUGUGAACAAAACUAAAACAUUUUUGACUUUGAACAGGACAAGGAAAGUUGUUGUCAACAUGCAUAUAUAGAGAAUAGUGCAAAGGGAAAGAUGUAUUUUUGGUUCACUGAUGUGAACAAAACUAAAACAUUUUUGACUUUGAACAGGACAAGGAAAGUUGUUGUAAGUUGAGGAGAGACUCUCCUAACACAGACAUCAAAACAAGAAGUUCUUUUUUGGUCUAAUAUUCUUUUAUUAAAACUGUAAAUAGUUUUAUAUUGUAGCUGCCAAACUCAAAACUACAUUUGUUGUGACGUUGUCAUUACAGUAUUUACAAAACAAAUUCUUUUUAUUCUAUUAUUAUUCUGUUUAUAUGAUGUAAGUUAUAGACUUAUAGUGUACAAAUAUGUGAUGUGUGUGUGUUUCAUAGACUUACUUAUGGAAGGAAAAUCGAAUAACAUCCCACGUCUGUCUUGUAGUAAUACACUGAACACGAUUCUGGCCGACUUUCAAGCAUUCUUUUCGAUAAAAAAAACCCCAGAUGGAAUAGAAGCCCUAGAAUUUUCAGAUGAAAAUACUGUAUUUUGGUCGAAAUAACAAUGAAAGAACAAAAUAAACAGUAAUAGCUUUUGGAAUAGUUAGAAAUAUAUAAUAUUACUUGAGAAAAACUCGUAAAAGACUGAAGGAAUACACAGGAAGAAACUAAAGACGAAAACCGCGCGAAACUGCAGGCCUGCCCAAUCUUGCCCGGUUGAAUCGUAAUUUGUAUUAACCAUGGUAUAAAAUUGUACUGAUUGUACAAAUUUUCAUCCAAAACCUUCACACUAGUUAGUUCUUUCCAAAAUAAAGUGAUAGAACGCGAUCGGAAGCUUUAGGACGACGCAAAAUGCAAAAAACAUGGUUUUUCCCUAUCUCGCUCUGUGAUUUUUGCCCGGUUGAGCCGCCAUCUUGGAUUUUCAAAAUAUGUCACGCCGGUUGAGCCGAGUCAGCAAUCUAGGUCUCCUAUAUCUAUGACGAAAACUAUUCGGCCCGAAAGCAUAUACCCGCCAUUUGGUUUAUCAGACCACAAUACGGUUGCUGCACCUCCUAAAGCGAAAGAAAAUAAAACUAAUGAUAAGAAACAGAUAGCAAGCUGUGAUCGUCGAACCAACCGGAAAAACGAAAUGGGCAGAUAUCUAAGCAGUAUAGAUUGAUCUUCGAUGUUCACCUCCUUGGAUAGUAGCGACGAAAUGUGGAAUACAUUUCAUGCUGUAGUGCACACUGGCCUAGACUUACUUACGCCAGAAAGACAAAUUUGAGUCUGUACAGGGGAAUGAGGGGAUGCCCCAUGGAUGAACCAAAAAUCGAAAUCUCUUAUUGUAAAACUGAAGACAAGAGGCGUUUACCACCAACGGUGUCAUUUCUAGUAUAUUUAUAUAUUAUAGAAACUUAGUUAACAGAGAGAGAAAGAUAUGAUUCAAUUACCCAUAUAAAGCACCAGGACCUGACGAAACACCCAAUUGGUCGUUAACAGAAUAUUUAUUCUUAUUGGCAUUACCUACUACUCAUAUCCUAAACACUUCAUGUCUUGAACAACGUCUACCUGCAGCCUGGAAGAUGUCUAACAUAUCACCAAUACCAAAGGUUAAUUGAUACUAAUCAAUUUGGUACAAUCCAAAAUCUUCUACUGCGAUAGCGGUAAUUCACAUCUGCGUCAACAGUUAGAACUAUAUUAUUCGAUUACUACAAAGCAUUCGAAUCGAUCUUAUUUAUCAUAGCAUAUUAUUGGCAAACUACGCAACAUAUAGAUCUACCUAAUAGUGUGAUAAUUUAGCUUUUCUCACACCGCCAUUUUUGGGUGGCUUUUCAGCCGAAGUCUGCGAGAUAAGUCCACAUAACAGCGAGUUUUUUAUAAUUUUUUGGACGAAUGAUGGUAAAUUUGCUUUGUAAAUGGUUUGUUUAUUUUGAAAAAUUGCUUUUCACAUUGUUUUAAUUGUCUGCAUUGCUUAACGAGAAUUAGAUGCCACCCAAAGAUGGCGGAUAUACGUCAUAACUGAUUUCGUGACUGAUUGAUCCAAAGGAUUAAACUGGUAGAUAAUUGUUGCUGUGAAUGGAACACAGUUCCUUCUGGAGUUCCACAGGGGACCAAGCUAGGGUCAUGGCUCUUCCUCAUGAUAAAGACCAAGAUUUUGGAAAUCACGGAACCAGGAAAUAUAUAGACAACACGACGACAUCAAAGACUGUUCCCAAAGACGCAACCAGUAAAGCUCAGAAUAUAGCAAACAAAGUUAUGUCCUAGUCUUCCGAAAAUAGAAUCCAGCCGAAAUCGGAGAAGUGAAAAGAAUUAAGAAUCUCAUUUUCAAACGAAGCUCGUCAUUUUGAUCCUGUAGUGGUUGAUAGCAAGGAGGUAGAAAUAGUUGACACUGUCGAACUUUUAGGAGUAACUAUUACAAACCAACUAACCAGGAAUACCCAUCUAGAAAAGGUGAUAAAGAAAGCUAGUAAAAGACUGUACUUCCUAGUCCAGCUUAACCGAGAAAGAUUACCUCCUGAGGAUUUGGUGCUGUUCUAUAUAACUUGUAUUAGGUCUGUGAUUGACUACGCGAUUCCUGCGUUCUACUAUUCUCUCCCACAGUACUUAAAAUCUGAAAUAGUGCGUUUAGAGAAAAGAGCACUUUCUAUCAUCGUCCCAGGAUAGAAUUAUCAAACAGCUACUAAAAAUUUGUGUGUGAAAUCAUUGCAAGACCAUCAUGAACAUCUAUGUGAAAAACACUUUGAAGCAGCUAUUUCGGAUCGAAGCCACAAGAUAGGUAAACUGUUACCAACAAAACACGAGGCUAAUUACAAUUUAUGAAACAAACGAACAUUCAACGUCCCUCGCACUCGUACAAAUAGAAUGAAGAACACCUUUGUACUCGCUAAAUGCAACCCAAUCGAUAACUACAAUACACCAAGCAUUAACUAAUAAUUUUAAUAUUAAUCUAACUUGAUUAUAAUAAUUAGUGCAUUUUUAACUAUGUAAAUUUUGAAAUCAAUAAUAUAGUCAAAACGUUUUUUAGCAAUAGUCAUGUAAAUAAUUACGCAAUUCAGCCACGUGGCUGCGAAGUAAUUUUAAUAAAUCUAUCUAUCUAUCUCUAUAUCUGUCUAUCAAUCAAAGAUGGCGGAAUCCAAGUUGGUGGAAUCAUGACAUCACUUGUUGCCUUAACCUAGGUAACUAGAAAUACAUGCAUGCAGUAACCCCUCGCCAAUAUUUUCCAAACAUUAAAUUAACAUGAAGUAUUCAGAAAUGGGCGAUACUGAACGCAGGCUCGCGCUCAAGUGUUGCCAUGACAACACGAUAUCUUAAAUUUUUAAUUUUUUCAUAUUUUUGUACAAAACUGCAAAAUAGUUGAAAGAUUCGUACUAUUAACUAUACAACAAUAAAUUUUCGAAAUAUACACUGUAGGUAUAUUAUUUUCCAUUUAGUGAGCUUUGAUUUAAUGUAAAAUUUAACUCUUGAAACGCUUCGUGAAAUUUUUGAAAUGUUCAUUCAACUAAACUACAUUUGCCGAUAAACUGUUUUACACACAAAACAAAUUGUUAGGUAAUUUUAGUUCAGUCUUCAAAUCAAUUUGUUUAAAUUAAACGGUAAUUUAUGAAACUUAGAGCUUCGUUGAAAAGGAAAACAGUUCAUGUUUUUAGGCAAAAUGUUAAAGCAACAAAAUUCAAAGCAGACUGCAAAUUUGCCGUAUAUUUCACGAUUUCCAAUGUUAAAUCAAUUCUUCUCAUUUCUUCAAACAAAAUUGAUUCAAGGUUGUUGUAUAUAAAACGAUUUUCCAAAUAUAUGUCUUUUAACAUUGAAAUCUUCCUUAUCCCACUCCCACAAGCAAUCAGCCAUAUAUUUGAGAUCUGUGAGGAUGACCACCCAUUCAAAUUCGUUGGUCACGCCCGCGAUAUUUGAUGAACUUUUGACUUCGCUAAUGCUUUCGUUUCCCCGAGUGUGAAUAGCCGGUGGAUUAGUACCCUCGCACGGCGCUUCGCGCCGUCGGCUCGGGGAAAAUCUUGGCGUUUAGCUUCAAAAGUGAAGAACAUCCACAGAACCUCAAAUGAUCAAUUGUUGCAAUAAUUCUCCAAAUAACCGAUGAUAAACAUUUCCAAUCAAAAUCCGCCUUAGAUCGUCUCUGUAUAUAUAUGUAAUGAUAAUCACAAACUUUUUCGACAAAUCUUCGUUUUCUUACUUAUUUCAUUAACUCAUGUUGUUCUGCUUCAAUAUCGAAGUAGAUCGAAAAUUCCAAAACAAUAUAAUGGUUUUAGCAAUGUAUAUUAGAAUUAUCUCUUCAUAUUAUAUAAAUUCGAAAGUUUCUUUGUGAUAUUUUACACAGUUUUUGAGAUAUUAGCCGCGCGCACUUUCCAUUCCCACUCCGUUUCAAAAGACCAAAAAAGCCCAGCUUGGACAGGGUUAAUAUGUAUCAAUAGAAAUAUACUGGAAACUAUAACAAAUAGAAAUGAUAUAUGAAACAAGUACGGAAUGAGGAGAGAGUUUAAAGUACUCUCAAUGUCUGCUUUGUCAGGCAAAAACAGAAAGAGCUAGGUGUAGGGAAAACGUUCAUUAAUACCAUUUGGAAUGAGGCGCGUUAGAACAUGGAAUGCUAUCUUUUUACCGGUUAUAGUUGCCUCCAAAAGUGGGAUAGAGGGUUCGUAGUUUGAUGUCUGAAACACUGAUUAAAUUUCUACUAUUAGAAUGCCGGCAACAGGCGGGUGAGCGUUGUUGCCAAUGACUGCGCACCGAUGCAAACGAAACAUAGGCAUUCGGAGAUUAUGCCAAUAAUCGACUCUUUGGCAAUAGCAUUAUUCGUAUACUUGUUAGGAUAAUGUAUUUCUAUAUGUAACUGAAGUCCCAUUAGGUGUCGGAAUUCAACGCGUUUAUUACAAAAUUCCGCUCUUCCUGAAAGCCGUGCAUGUUAAAAUAGAUUAAAAUUUAAUAACAAAAAUAUAUUAUAAAACUGAGACACAUUCCAUAACGCCAAUUUACUAAGAAACUCGGCUUUAUAUAGGAGCAAAUAUUUACAUAGGAGCAACUAUUUACAUAAGAGCAACUAGCUUCAAAUCUCACCAAAUUUGAAAAUUUAGGAUUAAACUUUUGUUUAGUGGGAUUUUUUCCAAAUAAUUUUUAACGCUAUCCAGGGUUUGCUUUUCAUAUACUUGUUUACUAGGGAGACGAAUUUACAAUUCUUGAACAUGCAGGGGAUGGUUGGUAUCUUGCAAAGGAUAAAUAUGGGUAAGAAUAGAAUAUUAAUUACUUUUCAUCAUAAUUGCAAGAUAGCUGUAAAGUUUUAUUUAAGUUCAUGUUCUGCGAGGUUUUUAGGAACUAAUGUAUUUAUAUUAAUAUUUGUAAUAAGUGUACCGUACACGUGUUUUAAACCACCUGUUCACAGCGACAAAUCAAAAGUUUAAAUGUUGAUUUCCACUGUUGCGUUUUUCAUGCGUACGUUUACGCACGUAAAACUUUAAACCGUUUAAUGUUACUUAUGAAAUAACCAAAUAAACAAAGCAACAGAAUUUAGUGUUCGGCAAGUUUUAGUAUGCCUUUGUUAACUAAUUUGUUAAAUAUUUAAAAAAUAGAAGGAUUCAAAGUUUUACGUGAAUGUACGUGCGUAAAAACAGCUCAGUAUCUGCACAGCGUAAACACAAAGGAAAAAUGAACAUGUUUUGUGAUAUACUGUACCCUUUCGAUAAUUACGUCACAUAUCUCGUUUUGGCGUGGAAGCCUCGCUCUCAUGAAUUGUGAGGCAGUCACUGUUCACCAUGAAACAUGAGAAUGAGGCUCCCAGGCCAAGAUAAAAGACGUGACGUAAUUAUCGAAAUGGUCUAUUCGCUUGCUUAAACAAAGUUAUCAGUGUUUGUGACUGGUUCUUUAGAAAAUGUAUUCUUUAGUUUUAUUGUAUUUCAUUGUUUUAGUCGACCAAUCAUGAAAGAUAUUCAUGUAGGUUUGUGGCGAGCUUUGUAAUCUGGAGGACCCUGGUCAUCCAGUCACAUCAACAUGAUGUGAUGGUUUUAGAACGAUCAUGUUGUAAUACUUAUAUUGAACAAUUAUCUCAAAGCGCAAACGCUGAGCCUUCAAAACGAAGUUUGAAAUUAUAUACCUUGUACAUUCAUAGGAGGACAGGUUAUGUUCCAGGAAAUUUUUUGCUUCAAAAAAGUGUCUUGGCAACCGAAGUGUAAGUUUUUAGCUUUAACAUUUUUGCUUUUGUAGAUAUGUACAGUACAUAUAUGCGUUGUCCGAAUUAGGGUCGCCGAGACUUUGUGCGGGUAAAACGUUCCCAGGGUGUCCUAAGACGUCAUAAUUAUAAAACGCAAGAGCGGUGUUUUCCAAGAUAUUACACUCCGUUGCAUAUUAUCCAGCAGCUAGGAUUCAUUUUGUAAUCAGUUAAGCAAUCUUGUAUCAAAAAUCCACUAACACAACGCUUGCAUGCAUGAUACAUCAAUUAUAACAACACAUCAAGAUAACAUGUUAAAAUAUUAUACCUCAAAUUCAAAUUGUCCAAUCAGGAAGCUUAGUUUGUGCCACGUGAGCAUGAAAUUAAUUGCGAUAUCACGCCUUACGUCAUCAAUUAGCGAGCCUGCGUUCCUUUUGACAAUGUUCCACCCCAUGUUCCCCGGGGAACAUGGGGUGGAACAUUAUUCGCGUAGACCACGCGACACAACACGCAUGGCAACAACAUGGCCGACAAAAUAUAAAUAGUAUUGAUGAAUGAUGAAUAAUCUGGUUAAAUGAUGUAAAACCUGGGGCUUUUUCGCAAUUUUGAAGCAAAUUUUGAAAAAUGUUGUCAUUAAUAUUCCAAACGAUAUGUGAUUCGAAAGAAAAUCGACGAUACUUGCGUUAAUCCGAAAAUAAAACAUCGUAUUCACGAAGGUAUGUGUCAAGUUUUUAAUUCUCAACUUGGAGGCUUUUAAUUUUCGGUAUAAUAUAUCAUUUAUAGACCCUCCGCUCGGGGGAUUCGGCGAAAUAUUACCCUCAGUGUUGAUAUUUCCCUCGGGGCAAAGCCCCUCGGGAAAUAUCAUCACUUCAGGUAAUAUUUCGCCGAAUCCCCCUCGCUCCAGGUCUAUAAAUGAUAAAUAUCACCAUGCAUGCUCUCCUUGAAUGUGGAAUAAUGUCUUAAAUUUCUCUGAUCCUUUUUUGGAAAUGAGAAGGUGGUAUUCCUUACUUUCCCCAAAAUAUGCGCACAUUAAAUAAUUUGGAGCCGCUUUGUUCCAGCCAAAUUUUGCCUAGGGGGUAACAUUUCCAGCUUUGGAGCAUGAUAACCGAGUGUUAAUAAGGGGACUCAUUAGGAAGAUUGGGCCCAAUGCUUCUAUUGAAAAGACAGUUAACCGUUUCUGCAAGUCAAUUGCAGUUACCAGACAAUUAAUGGAUAAUUUACCCGUGAAUGAUACACUACGUUAGUUAAGGAAUAAAAUCAUUCUUGGGCUGUGUGAGAUAUUGUUUAUUUAAUAAGUAACACUUAAUAGACAGUUAUAAUAUAGGACUAUACGUCAUAAAAAAAGUCACUAUAACGAGGGUGUUACUUUACUAUAAAUAUAUACAUCAUUAUGAAAAAGAGGGUGUUACUUUUGGGGUUUUUGUUGAAGAAUUGAACUAAUGAACUUGAGACCACUGUAGAUUCAAAUUGAUAUUAUGAAAAAUCUUAAUACUGAUUAAAAUAAAAAUAAUCGAAAACUAAUUGAGCAGUCUAUAAUAUUCUACAUUGUCCUUGGAGCCGAAUUAAAUUGAGGAUGAAAUAAGUAAUAUCAAGAAUCAAAAUAAAGAUAUGAGAAGAUCAUGGAGCUUAUCUUACGAAGAUUCUGAACAAUGCAGAUCACACUGUUCAAAAGUUCAAUGGAAAUCAAGAGAGAAACUAAGCAAAUCCGGAUGACCCUAAAAGAACGAUUGGACACUUUAAAACCCUUGACGAAGAGAUUCUAGAUCUUAUCGAAGCUGACGAGGAAAUAUUUACCGAGAUCGAAGAAGCGGGAAAAUAUCGCGAGAGUGUUCACGAAAUGAUUGUAAAUAUCGACAGCGUGCUCGAGCCCAAGUCGAUGCCUAUGAGAAUGUGCUAUGAAACUAUGCCUAUGAGAAUAAGCGAGCCACAGCAAGUACCUAUACCAAGACAUUAUCAAACUGCAAUAAAACAUGCAAAGUUGCCAAGUCAUAUAUACAACUAAACAAUUUGAUGGACAGCCAUUCGAAUAGCAAGCAUUUUGAGACAAUUUUAAGAGCGCGAUAUACAUGAAAAUCCCGGGUUAAUAUCCGACGUGGAUAAAUUCAACAACUUAAAGUGUUUGUUGGAAAAGUCCGCAGCAGCCACGAUCGAGCUGGGUUAGUCGUUGACGUAGAGUAUAAUUGUGAAGGUGCGAUUGAAUUAUUACAUUUGGAGACAAACAAGUUGUCAGUAGUAGCCAACGGAUAGUUUGGUAAAACUCCCACAACGUUCAUCUACGGAUACUAAACAUAAAUUACAGUACAGUACAUAAAUUUCCAUACGAUAAUUUCCAACCGAACUAUUAUAUAUGAACCCUUCAACUAUAUAUUAUGAAAAUCGUCUCCUGAAUGUAAUAACUCCGUGUUUUCCAACAGUGUAAGAAAUGACAAUGGCAACUGUAAAUUGCCUCAGUUACGCAAGCCAAAAAGCCAAAAAGUGGAACUGUAAAAGCAAGUGAGAGAGAUUGCGAUGGUGCUAUUAAACAAAAGACGCUAGCCUCAAAUAACUUUAUGCUUGAAUGAUUUAAUGACUUAAUGAAAUGCUUCUAAAACAGUAUUAUACUACACUAGGAAGAGAUAUAUGCCGAUAAACUAGAUAAUAUUUAUAAUUAUUUACAAGAUAUAUUAGGCGGACAUUAUUUACACAUAUAUUUGAGGCGGAAAUUAGAAUGAUGUUGUUAUAUGCUAUUAAGAACAACAAUGCCGGGCAAACGACAAUAAUAACAACGACAACAACAACUCUAAGACUACAAAACGAAUAUACAAUACAAACUAUUCAAAACGGUACUAAUUAACUACAUUAAGUGACAUAAUUGAAGGCAUGGCAAGUGUUUUGAAACUUGGGGUUGAUUGGAUUGGGAAGAUUGUUAAUUGGGAUGUGAUUCCAGGUAACGAUUGUUCUUGAAUAAAUUGAAAACUUAUAUACAUUGACACACGACUGACAAAUAUUAGGCAGCCUGGAUGCUCUAGUCAAAGGACACGCGUCAUCAGGAAGACUGAUUCCAACUAGUCCUUGAUGGAUCUCGUAGAACAUAGUUGCUUGGUGUAGCAGUUGCCGUUGCAAUUUUUUUCCGUAGCCAGUUGGACUCCUCAUUGAUAGUCGAACGCAUCAUUGAUCGGCGUCCAGGUCCGAUCGAUCCCUUCGUAUUAACCGGUACACCAUAUAUCCACCACUCCACGUUGUCCUUCUCGACUACUUGUAGAAAGAUGGACGAUUUGCUUCGAGAUGCCGUAGCAAAUCCACAAAAUUGCCAGUUUUUGGUUCCGAAAAUACUAAAGAACUGUUGUUUCGAGUUAAAACUAUGUAUCAUCUCAAUUUAAGAGAAUCAGUAUUAAGAUAACUAGCGUGCAAGCGACCAUGAAUACCAUUUUCAACAAAUAGGAAGCAUACACGUCCACUAGUAAUAUCAUAUCAUGUAGCCCGGCCACUAUUUCACUGGAUACGUAUAUACCAGUCAGGGGCGUAGGAACCGGGGGGGGGGACCAGGGGGGCCAUGCCCGCCCCCCCCCCCAAGUUUUUGCAAGUACCCUUUUUCCGGAAGCAAAGUGCCCUUUUUGUGCGUGAAAAUUUUUCAUUAAAAUUGUAUUUUUAGUCCAAGGUGCACUUUUGAAAACUUCAAUGUACGUUAUUUCCUGAAAAAUGUUAAAAAUUGCGGAAAAAAAUCAUAUAUCCGGAAAAUUUUGUUUGUAUUCCGGAAAAAUGUUUUGGUAUUUACGAAAAAAAUUUUGUUUAUCCUGAAAAUAUUUUUGGAAUAUGUCCGGAAAAUUUUUUUUGGACCCCUAAAAUGGUACACUGACCGAAUUUUUUUUGGCGACGGGGGGGAGGAGGAGGUCGCCAACAACAAAUUUGGAGAUGCCCUUUUUUUUCGAAAAGUGCGCCUCAAAGCCUGCCCCCCCCCCAACUUUUGGAAGGUUCCUACGCCCCUGAUACCAGUUCUUAUUGCCUCGUUCAAAUAUACACAAAAAUACUAUGCUUAGUAUGCUUUAUAAUAUAAAAAUAUUUUUUCAUGCAGCGACGCUAAUUAAUCAUAAUCUGACAAACACCAAUGCUCGGUUGUGAAGAACAUUACACCGUUACACAGUUAAACCAUGCAAAUAAAUGCGCAAACAGGAACUCUACGCGCGUGAUAUGAUAAGCUUUCAGCGAUCAUAGAAAAUUGCAAUGGAAACCUCGAAUCCCAUGUCAAAAAUAAUUUGAUCUCUUAAUGCUAACUAACUGUAUACCUUUAAUUUAAUACUCAAAAUAAUUACUUGACUACGUAUCCGCGUAUCCACUAAAAUACAGAGCUAUCUAUGGCUUGACAUUUUGUCGUCUAUUAAUGCUAUUAUGCUAAUCUAAGUGUAUGCCCCGUUAAAACAAUUAUCCACUAAAUGAUGCGUCCGACUAUCAAUGAGGAGUCCGACUGUCAACGGAAAAAAACAUUUGCAUCGCCGUUGUUGGAGAUUGUCCCAACUCAUGUGGUCGAUCAUUGGAGAGACGUAAAACUACAAUCCUGGACAAAACCAUCUGCGACACUCUAUUAAAACAUUCCUUUGUGGAUUUUUUUACCAGUUAGACCGGAAUAAUUUACUCGUUUGCCCCCCACCUCCCCCAGAACAAUGUUGCACGCUUUAUCCGUAUUCUACGAAUGCAAUCAACAUUGAAUGGUGGGGAAAGGGGGAGGUUUUCUUAAUUUACGAUAAUAUUACGACAUUUUGUCAAGUAUAUGGAAGUGUCGCAGAUGUUUUGUCCAGGAUUGUAGCUCUGGAAUAGUCAUGGAAGACAAACCUUGCAGCUCUGCGUUAAACCAUCUCGAUCUUUGUUGAUGUUCUUCUUGGUGUAAGUGUUCAGGAUGGUAUAGACAUACUAUAUUACGGACAAGACUAAUAUAUGGUACGCUCUUAAUUGACUUUACUGCAGCAGCGCUGCCUUCACCAAGGAUUCUUCUAAUUAAGCAUAGAGUACUAUUUGCCUUACCACAUAUGAUGUCACAAUCUUUGUACCAGUUCAAGUUGAUAAUAAUUGUAAUAAUUUUUACAUUUAUAGUGCGCAAUUUAUAAAAGAAAGCUGCACUUGAAAAAUUGCUUAUAUUGGUUUCAAGUUUCAUCUGAGAGUCCAACCAGAAUCCCAAGUUGUUAAUGUCAGCUGGGUUAUCACCGAUCCUCAGAAAACUAAUAUAAGGUUCACUUUCGCUUGUUGCCGUUGAGUUCCAAUAAUUAAAAAUUCUGUUUUACCAUCAUUAACCUUUAGUUUAUCGGAGAGCAUCCAAUUCUUUAUAUCAUCAAUAUAUGCACCGUUCUAAGGCAGCAACUGCAGCAAGUUGAUCACAGAUCAUAUCUGGAUUGAACGAGACAUAAAGCUGUGUAUCGUCAGCAAAUGCAAGAGCAUUCAUUACUGCCUAGAAAUAAGUUAACCGCGGGUCGAUCGCUGUUGAACCGCGGAUCAUCCUAGGUUCGAUCUCGGGCCCACUUCGGUUCGACCUCGGGUCAACGCGGUUCGCCCGCGGUUGAACCUCGGAUCGCCCGCGGUUACACCGCGGUUGUGUGGACGAAGUGAGGCUUGAUCGCAAUUCACGGCGGAACCCGAAGGCAGAUUUUAAAAAUCAGAGUCAACAAGAUUUUUGCGAUUUAAAAUGUAUUCAGAAGGUUGCGAAGCAAUACAAUAGGAAAGCUGUCUUUGUAUUCUCGAAGACGUAUUGUUAUUAUUUUUAUUAUUAUUCAUCUUAUAUAAAAACGCUAGCCCUUCAGUUUAAACUGUUUAAUCAAGGGGCCGUUAGAAUAUUUACAAAUGUGAAAAAUCUAUAAAAAAAGAUAGCCCAUGCAGUGAACACGAUAUAUAACUUAGAUUGAAUCACAUAUUGCUUUCGUAUCCGUUACUCGAGAUAUUCCAUCCCUUUCCCCGAUACCCAAUUACAAAGGGAUUAUACUACUAUUCCAACCGAGUACAUUGUUAGGGAAGAAGACAUAUAUUAUAAAUUAUCUUCAAUAUCAUCUUCGAAAGCGGCUGGCCCUGAUGAAAUACCGAAUUGGAUUCUAAAAGAUUAUGCGCCCCUGCUGGCUCCCCCUGUUACUUCAAUCUUCAACGCCUCCCUUCAACAGGCGUCUGUUCCCGCGGUAUGGAAAAAAGCGGAAAUAAGGUGCCGAGUGACAUUACUAAAGACUUGCGUCCCAUCUCGUUUACUGACACUUUGUCAAAAACGUGUGAACGUUUUGUCGCAGACUGGCUGAUGGAGUUCAUUGGUGAGAAGAUCGAUAAACGGCAAUUUGGAUCUCUAAAAAGCUCCUCAACAACACAUGCAUUAUUGAGCUUUUCCACCACUUAUUAAGCGAAACUGAUGUGCCGAAAAACGCUCUGAGAAUUUCUUUAUUGGACUUUUCCAAAGCUUUUGAUCAUAUUGCUCAUAACAUCCUCCUCAGUAAAUUAUCUGAUAUGGACGUUCCAUCAUUAAUAACAAACUGGAUAAGAAGUUUUCUUACUCGACGAACCCAACGGAUCAGAAUGCCCCAUAUUGCGUGUCAGAAUGGCAUAUCCUCAACGGUGGAGUACCCCAGUGAACUGUUUUAGGCCCAAUCCUCUUCCUAAACAUGAUAAAUGCUCUCCUCGUCGAUUGGAAAGACCGAUGGAAAUACGUUGACGACACCACCACUACUGAAACCAUUGGCCCAGAUUGUAACACCAACCUUGAAGAAUUGGUUAAUUACAUCGAUAAUUGGACUACGAGUAAUAAUAUGAAACUAAACGUUGGAAAAUGCAAAGAACUGGUGUUAUUGCUUUUGCAAAAAAGAAGCAUUGCUUUCCCCCUUUAACAGUCGAUGAAGUUAAUAUUGAACGAGUGAAAUCUGCCCGUAUACUUGGCCUCACAGUUCAAGAUAACAUGAAGUGGAAUGAACAUUAUUAUUAUUAUUAUUAUUAAAACUUAUUUACAAACAAUAACCCUUCAGCCUACGCUGCUUUUAAAGGGGUUGUUUACAUAAAAGAAAGUACAAAAUAAAUAUUUACAAAAUAGUAAAAGUAUUUACAAAAUACUGUAGUUGACUAGGAGUCUUUACAAUUGGAUAUUUUUUUCAACGUAGGUGAUUGUUGAGCUUAGUUUUAAAAGAAUGUAUCGUCAACUGUUCGUGAACGUCUAAGAUUUCGUUAGGUAAUGAGUUCCAGGCGGAAGCUCCUCGAUAUGAAAAUGACUUUUUCAUCGAUAUGAAAAUGACUUUUUCAUAAAUGAUCUAUUAGGUUUAUCGAGAGUUAGUUUCCGCCCGUUGCUCCGCAUGUGGUGACUUCUAUUAUCACAGUAGGAGAACAUAUUACAGAUGCACUCCGGCGCCAUACCUCGGAUAGCCUUAAACGUAACUAGAAAUUCUCUUUUUUUAAGAAUGUUAUCUAUUGGAUGCCAACCUAGACUCUGGAGGAUUGUUUUUGAUCUUGUUUCAUAGUUUAAUCCAGUAUAACAUAUAAACAACAUAUCCUAUGAGUGCCGUGACGUAAAUGUGUGAUAGAAACAAAUUGUAUAAUCAGAUUUGCUUCGAAACAAAUUGUAUAAUCAAGCUUUAGUCUUUAUAGUUUCCUUUUAAAUAUUUUUUAACCGAAGAUGCCUCAUUGCAUGGUUCCUGAGUGUACUAACAACUCAUGGAAAACUGUGGGAAUCAGCUACCACAGAAUUCCAAAAGAAAAAGGUUUGCGAGAAGCGUGGUUGGCGAGAAUUCGCAGUCUGAGUAGUUAACAUUCACCGAAGCACGUAAACGAACGUAUAUUCAGUUAUGUUAAUUUGCAAACGUAAGAAAUUGAAUUCUGAUUGGCUCCACAUGUAAUAUGUGUAAAUGAGACCAUAGGCAUAGAUAUGCAUAUUGUUUGUAAAAUGUGCGAAUAAGACUUUAUCAUGUUGUGAGUUAAUCACAAUUUCGAUUUGAAGCUACGUCGACAUGCAUGUGUAGUCGUGUAGAUCACUAUAGAGUCUUGAGAUUUCCUAACGUACUAUCGCAUCGUGCGAAAAUAUGUUUGCAUAUACAAAGUUCACAUUCUCGUGCAGACAUAUAUGUCCAACUAUUUGCACAGAAAACGUUUGCAUUUGAAUCUUAACACUUCUCCAGACACUAAGAGUCACAAGAGAAUACAUUAAUUAGUCGUUCAGCCUCCAAGGUCAAAUCCCAAAAACAGACUGGCCAUAAAAAUUUUCUAGCGAUCCAUUGUCUUUUAUCGAUUUUAAAUUAAAAUCGUUUUACUCUGGCUCGCGCGCCGUGUUUAUAUGCAUGCUUCAAUGCUGAAAUAUCGUUGAUAUGUACAUGUCCUCGCUAUAAAUCUCGUAAUGUCAUGAUUGUUCAUGAACGAAUUUAAACUCUUCACAAAUAUGUUUGCCUUUGGCUUUGGGAAUCGAAAAAUUUACGAAACAUACUGUAUUGAGUAGCGCAAUGACAAUGUCAAUAGUAUAGACAUCUGGAGCAAUUUUGCCCUUUGGGAUUUGUGUUUACUUUCAUGCAAAUUCAUAUACAGUACAGCAUAAUUAUGAUAUGGCACGAGACUGUCGAGUCAUCAAAUUCCAUUGAAAAUGAAGUAAGUUUUCGUGUACAAACAGCGGCCAAGGCGACUUCCAUUCUUCCAAAGUUAUAUCAGUUAACAUUCUGCGGAUAUUCUGAGUUUAAUCAAGGAAUGAGCAAGACGUCUCGAGUUAUAACAUCUCAUGCAUGCAAAUUUCGCGUUUACGUUCAGUACGUAAGCAAUCAUAUGUAAAUCACCAACACACUGCCAACUUUCGUGCGAAUAAAUUUGCCAAACGUUUAUCCAAUAAGAACUUGCUAUUAUACGGUUGAGAACGGAUUGAGUGCUAUCAGCCAAUAGGGAACUGUAGUUUUGACGAUUGUUUCGUUCAGUAAUGAGGGUUUACGUUCGUUUACGUGCUUCGGUGCAUGUUAACUAGUAAACCCACGCGAUAUAAAUAAUUCAUGUGUUUGUUCGGCGCAUUUUACACCAGACUGCUUCGAAAGAACGCUCGAUCUUGUGCCUGGCUACCAAAAAAGGCCAAAGCUAAAAUCAGACGCGGUGCCAUCUAUAUUUCCGCGCAGUAAGCCAGAAAAAGCUAGAAGCACAGGGCGAAGCCAGACAAGAGGUAUUAAGCAAGCCAUGAGCCCAUGAACGCUUGCACGUAUUUGUAGUAAAAAACUUAUUACAUUAUUUAAUUACAUUAUGUAAUUAAUUACAUUACAUUAUGUAAUUUAUAUUUUGUAGUUUUCAUAUAUUGUGGCAGAAUUAACUUUCCGAACAUUUGUACGUUAUUAGACACAAAUAAAGCAUAAACACUUCAAUAACAUUUAUGUUGUGUAUAUUUUUAUUUGCUGCAUAUAUUUAUAAUAUUUCAUUGUGUAUUUUAUACGAGUUCAUGUUCUAAAAACUCCUAACUCCUUCCGACAUCAUAUUGGAACAGUCAGAGACAGACUCUGUAUGCUGUAACUGGAGGUUUUCUUAAUCGUAGGUUCGAAUAAAUACGGCUGAAGCGAAAAAUUUCCCUCGUCCGUUUCAAAUUUUACAUUAUUCGGUGAUAUAUCUUCGUCUACUUCAGAAGAGCUGCUAGUAUUCGAUCGGGUCAUAAUUUAAAAUGAUCAGUAAGAGAAUAAACGAUCAAUAACAGAAUUUAUUUACCCAAAAUCACACCGAAAUGAACUACGAAGCUGUCAAUUUAUAGUGUUUAGAUCAAAGACUGAGUGUUUCUAUCACACACUUACGUCACAGCACUCAUAGGACCACCCGCGGAUUCAACAAACAUGGCGGCGAUAAUGGACGAAAAAUCAGUGAAACAAAGUUAAAUUUCUCGCAAACGAAAAAAAAUUGAGGCGAAUGAAAUAUUCAUUCAAAGGUAGGCUCAUUAGCUCAUAUAAACUUUCUUAUGAGCGACACUUGUUCUGGGGGUGGAGUGUCCCUUUAAAUAUUUUAUCUCAUGCAAGUAAAAUCAUUGUUUUUGCUUAUUUUCCACCCUGUUCCGUUUCCUUUGUUUUUAUCGGGGAAUAUAUACAAUAUUCCCCUCUAAUCAAUUUCCGCCGGUUUAAUAAUCCCCUCUAAAAUUCACCUACAAUGUCUUUGCAGCACAAAAAAAUCAGAAAAAAAACCAACAUAACGAAGGCAUUAAGAAUUAUUUCUAUUCUGACUCAUUAACGCGACCUCGCAAUGUGAAAAAUAAUAAACAAAUUUUGAGGUCUCUGAUGCAAUUUUUUUGGAGGAAGCAACAACCCGCGGAUAUGUGUUACCUCGGGGAUAUGUGUUUAUUCACCUCGGCGCUGCGCGCCUCUGCGAAUAAAUCACAUAUCCCCUCGUUGCCUCAAAAUAACCUAUACUCAAUCUAAUAUUGCAUUGAUCGUCGCGGGUUGCUGCUUCCUCCAAAAAAUUUGCAUCAGAGACCUCAAAAUUUGCAUCUGGAUUACAGUGCGAACUAGGGACAGGAUUAGUAAGUAAGCUUGCAUUUAAGCUUCCAACAGCUAGAAUUUGUAGCUUCAUCUUUCGAUUUGCCCAUACUAUAAUGAAUUAGUACUACAUUAUCUGUCUCUUCCUCAGUAAUUUCUAUCCGAAUAGCUGGCGUAUUCUGUAUGGCAGGUGUAUUAUUUAGAUCAUCCACCUUAGGCUUAGAGGUAUGGUGCGUGCUGUAAUUGUCUUGCAGUUGUUUAGAGGGAAGUUCUUUUUAUUUUGAUUUAGUAGCUGUUCCAAAAUUGAUUUGCAUGCAUAAUCGAUUGUCUCAAAGAUUUCUUUAUCGCCCACUUGACUUAUAGCAAGUCUAUUUUCAAGAGAGACACUAUGGUGUUAUUCAAAUCGUUUGCUUCUCUGUUUUUUCCUCGGGUUAAAAUUGAUAUAUCAGCUUCAAGGUUUUUACAUUUUUCCCCUUUUAUUAGAUAGUUCCUUUUGAAGUUGGUUAAUUUCUUCGCUCCCCCGCGACUUUUCGAUUGCAAAAAACUUAGAUUCCACAUUUCUUUGAAUGAUCAUCAUAUCAAGCUUAAUUAACAGGCAUUAAAAUAAGGAUUUUUUACAAGAAGACACUUUACCGCCACGCCAAGACUAAGAAAAGGCUUAUUGAAUAAUCAUCAAAGUUCGGUCCCUUUUUAAGGGAAAAUUUGAAAUAGGUCAAUAACUUUCAAACAGGUCAAUAACUUUUCAUUUUCACCCUACCUUGAACAACAACUUAUGCAAGUGUGACUAAAUUAUAAAUGCAUAUAUUUCUGUCCGGUAUCAGUAAAUAUUUUAAAAUUUGGGGUCAGAAGCGCACUUUUCGACCGUUUAGACAAACGGUUGAGGCUAUCUAACAAGUACAUAAAUCAUUCAGUCUAAAUGGUUCUUAAUUCAUAACUAAAUUUUCAAUUAUCUAAUGAAAAUCCUUUAAAGCGAAUCCUGAUUUUUGUAACAUGAUUUCUGCGGAUAUUGCAAUUAUACUGCAUGAAAGCACUGCCUACAGGAAAAUUUUGGAAGCUCUUGGUAAUUUUACAGGCGUUUCUUGACAUGCAGUUAUAAACAGAAAAAACAGAAAUAUAUAAACCAGAAAUAUAUAUCUGGCUAUCAUCAGGCGAUAAACACGUGCACCUGAUUACAUUAAACAAAAUUUCUGUGGGAAAUGGAUUUUCCGGGCUUUAUUCCCAGGACCAAGUACACUGUCCCAAGUACACACUUUUCAAUUUACAAGGACACAUUUUACUUUUUCAAUAUGACACAAUGUGUGUCAAAAACACACUAUUUUAAUGCCUGAAGCUUAACGUUUUCAAGGUCUGCUGCCAGGAGCUUGCACUGACAACUCAUGUGCACAAAAUCAUGCACUACAUUACAAGGGAAUAAAUUUGAUCUGACCUUAAGCUUUUCUGAAUAUACAUCACUUUGGAGGACUGAUUAGGUAUUUUUGUAGUCAUAUCAACAACCGAGUUAACUUCAGUUACCGCGUUAGUAUUGUUGUUAUUCGUUUGAUGUAUCACACUACUUAUUGUUAACAUGCAAAUAUUAUCCAAUAAUUGGCCGUCCUCAACGGCAUUCGAUUUCGCCGUAAACCACCUGGCGGCGACCAAUAGCCUUGUAAUAUAAUACCACAUUCAACGAAACUUUGCAGCAUAUCAAAGCUUCCAGACCACUUUAUACGCUUUCAAUCGUAAGUUAGGUUUGAGAAAUUUUUAUGAUAUUGUAUAUUAUUUGCUCAAACUUCCACUUAUUUAGAUUAUUUUUAUAACAAUUUACAGAGCUCACAUUAGUGCGACCGCCCGCCAUGGCAAUCAGGUGAAAAAUGAAAGAAGUAAUGAUUUUAAAGAACUUCAUCACGAAAUAGGAGUAAGGAGAAAUAUUAAUUUGUUUUCCGUUUUUUUAAAUGCAAGUUGCUUUCUGCAAGGUUAGUUUACUCUCCGAGGCAAUUUUUAUCUUUAUGUGUGCAAGUUAAACAGUGUUGAAGAAGAACGUCAGAUAAUUUGAGUUUGAAUUUUUAUUAACCUUCCGUAUAUUUCUAGGGACCAAUCUUUGUGGCUUUGCAUAGAUUCGAUGGACUUGACUGUGAGGAACUCAGUUUUGAAGAGGUAUUAUAUAUUGAGAAAACUAAAUCAUUGCCCCCCCUCCCC